UUUUCUUCAUCUCAUCUGGUCACUCUACCCACCCAGUAUGCCCAGUCCCCACCCCUCCCAGAGACCUCCCUGUUGGCCUCCCGCCACAACUGCACAGCACCCUCCACAUCACACCGCUCGCCCAGUGCCCCCCACCCAUAGACCUCCCCACUGCCCACUACCUUCCUCACAGUCCCACCAUCACAGCUGCACAGCAUCCCAUAUUCCUGAGGGGAUUCUGCACCAAAAAAUUAAAAAUUCUGUGCACAGUAUUUUAAAAUUCUGCAAAUUUUGUCAAUAAAUAAAUGUGGAGGCUCCAAAAUGGCAGUGGGGAGCACAGGCUACUGAUUACAUGGAGGUGGGAGAUUACCCAGCAGCCCUCAACCCCCACCCCGGAUAGGGACUCGGCAGUGAGGCUGCACCCGUCCCUGACACAGUGCAAGGGCCAGGCCUGCCCCAGAAACACCCCUGGGCCCUACUCCCCAAGCCAGGCGCAUCAGGUGUGGGUGAACAGGCUCAGCCCAGCAGCAGGAUCCAAGUGCAGAGGGACUUAGUGUGGGGGCAUCUAGGUGGAGGUAAGAGAGUUCUCUGGGGGGCAAUAUGGGUGCGGCUGGCUCAGUGGGAGAUCUGGAUGCACAGAAGCUCAUUGAGGAUUCCAGGUGCAGGGUCAAUGGGACUCUGCAGGUAGGGUGACCAGCCAGCAAAUGUGAAAAAUCGGGAUGGGGGUGGGGGUAAUAGGAGCCUAUAUAAGAAAAAGACCCCAAAAUCGGGACUGUCCCUAUAACAUCUGGUCACCAGAUCUGCAGGGGAUCCAGAUGAAAGUGUUUGGGCUCAGCAGGGGGGGCUCUAGGUGCAGGGGAGGUGGGGUUCAUUUGGGUGGGGGUCCAGGUGCAGGUGGUUGGGGCUUAGGGGGGAGGGUGUCUGCGGGAGCUCAUCGGGGUAGUACAGAUGCAGAGGAGGAAGGGCUUGUCAUGGUGACGGUUCAAUGGGUCUGCUUAACAGGGGAGCUCCAGCUUCUGCCAAGGAGAUACCGCAUGCUGGGCUCCAGUUUCCCCCCCUACUCCCACUUGCCCCAUCUCCUUUUCUUCCCCAUCCCAUGCCCCUUCCUCACCACUCCAUCUCCUCCUCCUCCCACCCCCUUUUUUCCCCACUGCCUCUUUCCCCCAGCCCCCACUUCCCUCCUGCCCCCUUCUCUUCCCCAUCCCAUGCCCCUUCCCCACCACUCCAUCUCCUCCCCAGGCUUGGGGGGGCAGGGGGGAAACCACCCCCCAGCACGAGCUGGUGGAGCAGAGCGGGCUGGAGCUGGGUCAUUCCACUUCCUGCCGCCCGGUGGUUCCAGGGCAGGCCCAACCCCACACUCACAGGGCUGUUGCAGGCACAGAGGGUGCCCGAGGCAAGCAACAGUGGUUCGUUGCCCAGAGUGCGUAGCGCCAAUAAACACACCAGGGUGGAGAAGCAAGCAAAGUUUAUUUGAGAUCUCAAAGCGGUGCAAGGAGACGAACGCCUCAAAUCAUGCACACCUACACAAGCAGCUUUUCCCUUUUUAUAAGGUUUUUUUUUUCUCUUCCCCCUUCCCUUCCUCCCCCUGUAGCAGUUAUGUAAGCGCAGGUGCAUUAAGUAAUCUUGGCCGUGGCAGCUCAUUAGUAAGUUUUCCUUCUGCAAGUUAUCUUGUCCUUCUGCUAAAGGUGCACAGGCCUUAUCACCUAGAUUUAUGCGUAGUGACACCAACAGGGCAGUGGGAAGUGGAGUGA